AUCAUUUGUUACCAUGACUGGCCGCGGCAAGGGAGGCAAGGGACUUGGAAAGGGAGGAGCCAAGCGUCACCGUAAGGUUCUGCGUGACAACAUCCAGGGCAUCACCAAGCCCGCUAUCCGUCGGUUGGCUCGCCGAGGCGGCGUCAAGCGCAUCUCCGGUCUCAUCUACGAGGAGACUCGUGGGGUGCUAAAGGCGUACCUCGAGAACGUCAUCAGGGAUGCCGUCACCUACACCGAGCACGCCAAGCGCAAGACCGUCACUGCCAUGGACGUCGUCUACGCCCUCAAGCGUCAGGGAUGUACCCUCUACGGAUCUGGCGGUUAA